AUGGCGUCACACAAUCAUUUUUUACUUAUUGUAAUCAUUAUCAGCUUCUUUCCAAUAUUAAAUAGAACAAUCUUAACAGCUUCUUCAAGUUUUAAUGUAUCUGUUCGAUAUCCAAAUGCAUCAAUUAAAAUGAGAGUAAUUUUGGAUAUGCGUCGAAUUCGUCAAACACUUCAACCAUACCGUUCUUUGUUAAGAUCAAGAGAACUCUAUCGCGAAUAUUAUAAUAUGUUCAAAACUUUAUGGACUUGUUGCCCUUUACAAAGAGCUUUUCUGUUCGAUACACGAAAUGUUCACCAAUCUAUACUUGAUAUGAUAAAUUGCCAGGAAAAUAUUAAACAUAAUCAAAGUCGACUAUCAACUCAAUGUCUAUCUAAUCUGAAAUUAUUUAAUCCAACAACUCGAGACCUUCCGAAGUGUGAUGGAGGUCUACUUCGAAAUAUUGCUAAUGAAUAUCCUUUCGUUGUGCAGUUGUACAACUAUACAGAACAAUUUUGCGUUGAUGGUCUUCAUCCUAACCUUAUCUUUUUUAAUAUUUCUCAAAUAAUUCAAUGUGAACGUGCUAUUAGACAAAGACUCGUUAACAAUCCAUAUGCUUAUGAUAUUUACGAUACUCUCAGCAAUAGUUUACUCCGUAUUUAUGUGCAAAAUUUAAACAAUUAUUCUGAUUGUAACAGUUCUGAAUCAUCGGAGAAUGAAGAACAACCGACGAAACUUAUGUAUUACUAUUGA